AUGAGGCUCAGAGGCUUCGCACAGAACUUCAGCCGUUGGCGAGGAUGGGCUGGUAGGAAAAAGGAGCAUGUCGGAACCCGCCAGGAGAACGUCGCGACAUGCAAUGUUCCACCGGAUGAGGCUGUCGUAUCCGACGUGACUCAAGAGCUCCACAGUAGCUCUGUUCAGGGGACCGUCCAGGACGAGACGCUUCAGCGACCGAUAGCGGUAGUAGCGGACAGCCAAGAUAUGCACCAAGGCACCCAGCCGCCACCAGUCCCGGUCGCUCCAGCUGCUGAACCAGCACAAGAAGUGCCAGUAAAUCCCGCAGAACAACGAAAAGCCCGAAGAAAGAGAUGCAUCAGGUUUCGUGGCGAAGAUGAAGACGACUAUACCAAAGGCCCGAUCCGCAUUGUCGACGCAUUCGACGGCAUUGAGAAUGUGGCGUCGCUUCUGCUUAACUUGGACUUGUCGCGAAAGAUCCAAGCCGCUUUAUCAGCUCGAAGGGACCUGCAGACUGCCGAACGAGUAGCAAUUGACGAGCGUUCACGUUGGCAACAGCUAGGAGGUCGAAUCGGCGGCGAAUUCGGUAAUCUGGAGCUGAUGAUCAGGGUUGUCCGAGACCAGAGCGUCAUGAUCUUCUCCGACCAAUAUCUGGCUGAGGUAGAAGCUUCAAAGCAGAACGUGAAAAAGCUUGAAGGCUUUCUGUCGGCCGUUCACGAGCAAUACCUGUUAGUCGACAUGCGGCUCCAGUCCAAGAUUGAGGCACUUCGCAGCUGCCGUGAAGACGUGGACCAGUAUCUCGAGGAGGCCUUCGUGGUGGCAAGAUUGAUGCCGCCCGCUCCUGCAGAGGCCUCGCCAGUCUUCGAAGAGUUUGACUUCAAGUCCAUGUAUGAGCACUACUGCCAGCAUGGCUAUACACUGGAUGAAGGCGAGUUGAUCCUUGGACGCGAUGGACUUGUUGUGAACGGACCGAACGCCCCUACUGACAUAGUUGGUCAGAUUGAUCCCGGUGAGCAGAAGAAGAGGGACACGGAGGCUGCCUUUGACGAAGCUCGUCGCAAAUUGGGGGAAGCCCAGGAGGCAUUCGACAUGCGCCGAGGCAUAGACGCGCAUGAACAGCUCAACCUAGGCGAUGAAGAACCCGUACAGCUUGAAUACUCACUUCGGUGGGUCCAGCGCGGCCGUGAGCUGACUCAAGCGCUGAUCAAAGCAGAGGAAGAAGAGCAUAAAGCUCGGCAGGCCGCGCUGGAUGCCGGAGUAGUCAUCGCGGAUCAGUACCAGAGUUCAAACUUCCGCGACCAUCCCGACGACGGCUACCGUGAGAGCUACGAGAACAACGCCAUCGCUCAAGUGCCUCGGAAGAGGAUUACAGAAUGGAUUGCCAAAAUACCAGACUCCGCUGACCCAGAGGAACAGGAGUUGGCGAUGAGGCCGGAAAUCGAUAAUUGGAGUGCUGUUUACGUCGACAUCGGUGACAGUCGCAGUCUGGUUGACGAUUCAUCGCAGCAGAAUAAGAUCAAAGGUUGGGCGGAGAUAUGUAAUCGUAUGGGCCGAUGA